AUGGCCCCAUCCUGCUCCUCCUGUUGCUCCUCCUCCUCCUCCAGCUCCUCCUACUCCUCUGGCUGCAGCGAGUAUGGAGCAGAGCUGCCUCAGAAGCACGACCUGAAGCUACAAAAUGUGAAGAUCUCUGAAAAAAAUUCCUGGUCUGGGUUCCACGUGAAGAAAUCAGAGGAUGACACCUGCAUCAUCUCUUCUUGGGAUGUCGGUGGCCAUGACAUGGUGGUGUUCGGGAGGCGUAUGAUUGCUUGGAGGAAUUACUGCCCAGACGCUCAGCAGGGCCUUAUCUUUGUUGUUAACGGCAACGACAGAGAUCAUAUUGCUGAGGCGAGACCAGAGCUCCACAGAAUGCUGAAUGAGGAUGAGCUGCGCGAUGCUGUGUUGCUUGUUUUUGCUAACAAGCAAGAUCUUCUGAAUUCCAUGAGUGUUGCUGAAAUAAUAGAUAAGCUUGGCCUUUUGCCUUUGCGUCGGCGAUGCUGGAGAGUUUAUUUGUGUUCCGCUGCAACUGGGGAAGGCAUGUAUGAUGGGUUGGACUGGCUCAACAAGAGUUUAGCCUACAAGGUAAUUUGCAUUUUCACUCCUAAAUGGCAUUUAAGUACGAAUCAAGAUUUCCCUCUAAGUAGCAUAGCUUCAAUAUUUUGA